GAAUGUUGUGCGCGCCAAAAGAAAUCAAGACUAGACGCCAACUCACGUGGCGGUAAGAGUUCCCGCCAGAAAUACUGAUCAUCAACAGGCGCAUGCCAUACGCUAGCCCUAGGCGGUACCGGCGAACACACCGUAUAUCGAGGGCGACCUGCUUUAUUCUACGCCCGGUGGAGACGGGGGAAAAACAGGUGUAAUGCAAUGAGAUGCAGCUGACAUAGUCUCCGUCACGUCUACCCUACCGAGGCCCUGCCUUGUUAAUACUGUCUCUCUGGCUUAGAACUUGAAUUUAGCCUCCCCGGUCGCGACUGUGAGUGAAUGCCCGUGCACGACAACAGAAAGAGACAAGGGGAGAAAAAAAAAUAUCGAAUUCCAUCGCGGCACUGCGGUCCAUCAACACGCACAAGGGCUGGCCAUUAAUAACCGGCAGCGCAUUAGGCUAGGGGCCAGUUCGUGCUGUGUGUGCCGCAGACACAAUCCACGGUGGACGGGGGUAAAGCUGUAUGGGCCAUCAUCAUCAACGGGGGUUGACUGCGCGCAGACAGACCGUACCACCGUACACCGUGUGUGUAUGCCAGCAACACACACGCCGCUGACUACACACAACCACGCUGUGGUCUACACGGCGCGCUGUCAUUAUUGCAUCCGCUGGCCUAGGCAGAAGGCCGUACCUUCGCGCCGUAGCAGCGCGGUACACACCCAGUUGUAUUCAACGACCUUGCUGAUUAUCGGCGCGCAUGCCAGCAGCCUCACGGUGAGACAGAACAGCUUGACUGGGCUAGAAGAAAGCAUUGCACAGUGCACUCACAUACACUCAGCACAGAGGCAAGACGGUGCGGUGGCCGAGUCACUAUAAUCACCGCACAUCGUCUCCAUCGUCUUCCCUUCAUUGUUAUCACAACCCGAACGUUGUCAUCCAAGAUGGAGUUGUCUGAGAUUGGAGAGCGAGUGUACGCCGCUGAAUCUUUGCUUAAUCGUAGAAUUCGCAAGGGAAAGCCUGAAUAUCUGGUCAAGUGGAAAGGCUGGUCUGUGAAGUACAGCACGUGGGAACCAGAGGCAAAUAUCCUGGACAAACGCCUGGUGGAAGUGUACGAGGAAAGGCGCAAAGAACUCGAAUCAGCAAUUGCCAGGAAAGGCAGGAAGAGAAAAAGGACGUACGGGGAGGUUCAGUCCGGGGUGGGAUUGUUGAAGAAUACGGAACUCAAAGCUGAACCCAAAGAGGAAGACAAGACCACGACCUCAGCGGGAAACGCCUCGGCUGUAGCCGGCGAUGAGCCCACAGCUCCCGGGAACAAAGACGCGCCUGGCGCGGGUUGGGCGUCCAAUAGUACGGGCGGUAACUCCCACGGUACCAGUGGCGGUAUAGGUGGUGGUAGCGGUGGUAGCGAUGCGGUGGCCGCCACCGCGGACGAAUCUACUGAUGACGAGGAUGAUAAUGAUGACGACGAUGAACGGCCUGUAAAGAAAACAUGUAGUGUGGUGCCAGGCGGACAAAAGAAUUGCGGUCCGAGUUUGACCAAUGCAUCAGUAGGGACAGCCCAGACUUCCAUCAAGGAAUCCGGUAGCCAUGGCAACAAGCAGGCAAACAUUUCGGUAGGAAAAACAAAGAGCGAGUCGGCCGAGCGCGCGCAUGGAGCGCGAGAUUUGAAAAUCGGCCACGCCCUUAAAUCCAGACACAAGACGAAAGCCGGCAAAAAGUUGAAACGUUCGAAGGGAGUCAGGCCUAAAGAGGAGUUGACAGGCUUACUGAGGAAGACUAAGAAACGGAGAAAAGACAAGAUGCGGGCCAAGAAACGCAAACUUUCAUCUUCACUUGCCAAGGAGAAAAAAAGCAGUGGAGAAAAAAGUGGCAAGAAAAAACAUAAAAAGAGGCAUCGACGUCGCCACCGCACCUCGUCUGAGCACACACAGGAAGGAUUACUCAAGAAAUAUAAAUCAUCCAAAGGAGAAAAGAAGAAAUCUCGCAAAAAGAAGAAGUCACACCUAAGUACUGCUGUCAAGAUUGAUUCCACAGUCUGGGAUUUCCACGACAGCGACUCCAACUCCGCCAUUUCUGUCAAGGCGUCUCCCGAUAAGAAACUCAAGUCCCCCGUUAAGUUACCCUCUGAUAAACCUCUUGCCGUUUUACACAUCUCUGACAAAUCGAUGGCUGCACUGACAGCCACGGAAAAGUCAGCAAUCUCACCCAAAAGUAACCAGAAUUCAGCUGACAACACAGUGAGAAGUACGGCCGCCGUGACCACUCCCGAAAAGCCAUCUAAAAGCCUAACCUCUGGAUUGCAUUCCCCGAAGAAAUCAGCUUCUCCAGAAAAAUUACCGAACGUCAGAAUUUCUGAAGGGGACGGUAAUAGAAUUUCCAUAAUACUUUCCACGUCAGCACUGUCUCCAACUUCAACGAGACAAUAUUCGGCUACAAGCCCUGGCAGACUGUCCAACUCUGAAAAAUCGCCCAAAUCGGAAAGGUCAUGCACAUCUGCCAAAACGCCAGUCGUUGUUAAAACCACAGUUUCAGAAAAAUCACCAAGUAGUUCUGAGAGGGAAUCCCCGCGGGACAAGCAGGCUGCUUCUGAUAGGCAGUACCCUCAAAGAUCAUCCGAUCCCCAACGAUCGCCUAAUCCCGAAAGAUCAUUCCCAUCUGUCAGACUAUCCACGUCCACUUCACCUGCCGAAUCGGAAAGACCUGCCAAUCAUGUAAACCCGCCCACUCCCCAACCCCCGCCAACACCCGAAAGCCCCACCUCUCCUAAAUUAUCAGAUGUACCAACCAGCCCGCCUAAAUCGGAAAAGGUCUCCACUUGCCAACAACAAGACGCGCCUAUACCAGAAAAGCAAAUCGUUUCUGGCAAAACGCUGAUGAACGAACAAUCAUUGAUAAGUGAGAAAUCAACCACAAGUUUACGACCACCCACAUCCGAUCGACCGUCCAUAAAUGUAAAGCCGCCUGCAUUUAACACCCAGCCCUUAACUGAGAAAUCUUCCAUUUCAAAUGGACAGAAUAUUUUCCCAAAGUUGCUCGUUUCCAAUGCUCAGAUCAGUGGCAAGAAGUGUAACAUUUCAGACAAGCCUUCCACGCAAUCGGAUCGUUCGUCCAGCCCUCCCAAACCGCAAAGUGUCGAUAAACCAACAUAUUCGACUGAAAAACCCCCAACUUCCCUGAAACCGCCCACUGCGGAACAGCCAAUCAGCAAUGGCGGCUCACAUGUUUCAUCGAAACAGCCAGUUGCAACAAAGACUCUCACCUACUCUGAACGAUUAUCCAAUGGCAACUCAGUCAUCUACCAUGGAAAGACGCCAACUUUCGUCAAACCACCCAACUCCAUAAAACCGUCCACUGCUAGUAAGCCCGCAUCGCCCGGAAAACCAUCAACUUCAGAGAGGUCAUCGACCUCUGGAGUCCCAAUUAAGAAAUUGUCGAUUCCUUCCAAGCCGUCCUCCUUACUGGUAAAACUUCCCAUCUCCAGCAAACUGGCAUCGACGGAAAAAUGCCCUUCCACAAAAUCUCCAACAGCCACACCCAGAUUCCCCUCUGCCGACCGUCUACCUGCAUCAGAGGGAGUAAAGAAUAUCGCCCCUGCAAUGAAGUCGCCCAAUUGGGACAAAGCUUCCAAUCUCAAACGGUUACCCAACGGAAACAAAUCUACCCCCACUGACCGAGUAAUGAAUUCGGUUGUCAAGACUAAUUCGGACGGAUUGCAUAUUCCCAAGCGGGCGCCCAUUCGUAAUUCGGUUCUCACCGAGGGACAGCAAGUCAAAGGUCGUCCUUCCAUUUCCCCAUCGCCAGGGUCUCCUAAGAACACCCCGGAAAAGAUUCUGCGCAAGAAAACACUUCCACAAACAACUUCCACCCAACCUCCUCCAACAUAUGACCCCAACGUGCCUCUUGACCUUAGCAUGGGCCGGAGUGCUGCACAGCCCCCAACAGUAGAGAAAACCCAGGUCACCAAAUCAUCAGACGUGACGAGACGCCCCAAAGCUUAUCCCUCUCCACCGCCUGCCCAUCGAUUCUGGAGUCCCGCCCACCCCCAUAACCUUGAUUACAUCGUAGUGACUGACGUCACUGCCCGAGAUUUUACCAUCACGGUCAGGGAGUGUUUCACUCCAGACGGAUUCUUUCAGAGCUGUGCUUGAUGUAUCAUUACCCUGGGGACGUAUCACAUAAGGUGUUUAUUCGUAACUUUCUCAUCCACGCCAUAAUUUCAUUUGUAUGACACCGAGAACGGCGGCAAUGUUGCUGGGGUAAACACUGAAAUCUUUGUUAUCCCGAAUUCACAAACCAGAGAUGGCAACACAGCAUCGUUCAUCGGCCUGGCUACAGAAACCAAAAUCACGUAUUUCAUUCAAAUUCCAAGGUCUGACUUUGCUUCCAUAUUACAACAAUUCGCGUAACGAAUCGUCGUUUUAGCAAGAAUCCCACUAAUAUUCGUCACCAUAAAACAGUGUGCGACAUGAAUUUAAGUACGUAAAGAACACGAUCAAAAUGAUAUUAAAUGUAAACAAAGAAAGCUUAUGUGCUGCGAGUAUAGGCCGGACUGUCUUUGGACUUGUAAUAUUAUAAUGAUGUGAGUGAUGUGUCUUGACGCUCUAGCCCUGUGUAAUGUCACUCGUCAUUCACCUAUACACGUCUAGUUCUUGUUUACGCGCUCAUAACGGAGGGUAAGGAGUAUGAUUUUUAUGCACCCAUUUGAGAUGUUUUGUCAAAGCGGUUAGAGCGGUCGCUUAAGAUAAAAGAGUGGGUAGAUCUCGCCUCAAAUUGCUUAUUUGUUCCUUAUGCUGUUUAUUUGUCUAUUUCGCGAUGAUGGAAACUGAUUCGAGAUUGUGCAGGCAGGAGAAAUUAAAGGCGAAUUUUACUUGUGCGUGCUUUCUUCUUUAAUCGGCGGAGGAAAUACGACUAUUGGGAACUUGUUCCAGGCCAAAAUCUGGCGAGCAAGAAAAAAUAUAGCAUUGUGUUUUGGCGCCUACGGGACCAGUCUAUGUAUUGUACAGGUCUGUACGUGCUGAAUGAAUCAAAUCGAUAGAAAUGAUACUGCUUACUAUGGCCAUUAGAUACACAGUGAAUCAUUUACAAGCAAAUGCAGGAAACUUGUCGUUUUACCUGCAUUGAAAUUGCUUUGCCACUCGUAAGCGAGAAGGCUUACACCUCAUGUAUAUUACUGUAUGUAUAUUAGUAUUUUAUCAGGUGUAUGGAAAUUAUACCUAUUGAAUGUCAAAGGAAAAACACGCCGUUUUUGAUGUAAGUCACGGACAGUCAAAGUAUAGACUGCUGCUUGUACAUGCUUUAGCGUAUGGAUUUUGUUAACAGCGUUUCAAGUGUUGGAUUGUGUGCAGUUUAGAUGGAGAAGUGGGCGGAUCCGCGGGGAGAAAUCGGGGGAGGAGAAAGUGGAAUUUGUAAUGUUGAUUUGAUUCUGAUGUCCGAGUUUUGCUUCACUGAGAGUGAUGACUGGUGACUAGGUUCAAAUGGUUUUGAGGUGAAAGGAUAUGUUUCUCGAUUCAAUGAAACACUGGGCAGAUGACCUGCCCAUGAUUAAAGGGGUGUGUCUUUCUCAAUGAGGCAAUAUUAUGUAUCUCAAUCUCAUAAAUAGAUGUUCAUUCCCAAGGUACAGGGCGAACACGCCUCUUCAACCUGGAUCCGCUUGUGGACAGAGCGUCUUCUGUCGAAAAAAUGUCCAUUGAUCAUUCGAUUGAUUGACAAUCAAUUAAUGGGUAACUUGAAAAGGUGCGUUGUGGACAAUAUUGAAGACUGGCUUGUACAUAAUCGUACAUGUACUAGAAAAUUGAUGUUUCAGUUCAUAACAAACAAGAUUUUCUGUCUAAUUGUGGACUGUCAGUGUUUUGUAGUUGUUGGAACGCGGGCCAUAUAGCUAAUUUAAGAUUGGAUGAAAGUUGGGAAGUAACAUUAUCAAUCCUGUUGAAAGUCAGGUGACGUUUAAAUAUGCUUUGUUUCUGAUGCUUGUUACGUACACUGUUUUCUUCUUGUAAUGGUAGAACACCUCUUGUUAAAAACUGUAAUGUAUUGAUGUGUUUUGCCAAAGGGGUAAGCUAAUGUAUGUUACGCUGUACCCGUGAGAAGUGUUGCUUCAACCAGAAGAUACCCACACCACUCGGCCGGGAAAGGCCGCGAGCAUACGGGGUCAAAAGGGCGACAGUGACACGCUGAUACGCUGGCCUUCUGUUAAACCUUCACGUUGAUUCAACGUUGUGUCUGCUUAUAAAAAUAUCGCUACAUUAUUCUCCACAGUGUGUCAGUAAACGCAGAUUGUAGACGUUAGGUGUGAGUUGGUCUUCAUCCAACCCUCAUAAGUAGCUGAACUGCUUUAAGUAGAUGCAUUCAUUGUGCCCGUAUCAUUCGUUUUCGGUGAGCGAUAAUUCAAUCCGCAGUUAUUGGGACACUUCAACGUUUUCACGGGGUUCAUUGUUGACCGAGUUCCAGGUUGUAUAGUGUUCAGUUACUCGGUCGACAAAAAGCCAUUUGUAUGGAUACUUAGCUUCUAGCCUAGCAAACGGGUAGUUCCACGGUCCAGAAUCGCGUGAUUCGCUUGAAUAAAACAUUCACCAAGACGACCACAAGUAUCAAGCAGAACAAAGACAUUGUGAAUGU